CGCUAGUUAAUUUUUGUCUUUUUCCGGCACGUGCUCUAAAUUUGGACUUUUAAUACCACAUUGAAGAGACACAUGCAUAUAUUCUUACCUAUGCAGUGAAUCAUUACAAUGGCCAGAAAUUUAAUCAAAAAAUGCACACAACAACUUGCAUUAUUGAAGCUACAAGAAGCGAGAAAUUUAUUUUGAAGAUUCAUUAAAUAUAAAUUAAUUCUAAAUAAUAAAUUGAACAAUUUUAACCUGAAUUAUUUUUGGUUGUUUUUUGCUUUUCACUAUAGCAUUAUCGAUAGCAUUACAGAAUUAUUAUCGAGCUAUUGUAGCGAGUAAGUUUGUAGAAUAUGGGGAAAACGUCGUUUGUUUUCCCUGACAAACCGGACCCCCCGAUGGUCGGCAAAGUGACCCACAAGAGCAUUGAGUUGUUCUGGAAUCAUGUGCAGAAGCAGUACUACGGGGGUGAGAAGGGAGACUUCAGACCCCGCUUCUGCAUCCAGGAAGAGGACCAGAUCAAAGGGUUUGGCUCUGUCUACACUGGCUAUGGAACUAGUUUCGUAUUUGAUGGACUCGAUGCCAGAACCAAAUACAGAUACAGAAUACAAGUCAUCUACGGGAACAACGAUCAAACAUCGCCCUGGAGUCGCAUAGUUGCAGUUAGUACCACUGAUCUCCCCCUCAACACAGACCACUUGCAUCGGGCCAUAGUGCGGGGGGACAUACACGCCGUGAAAAAGGCGCUCGGAGACCAAGUCUGCCACGUGGACGCACCAAACAAAGAAGGCUACACUGCUUUGAUGGUUGCGACUAUGAGUGGCAUGCUUCAAAUUACACAGCUCAUAUUGGACAAAAAAGCAGAUGUCAACAUCCAAUCAAAAUCAGGCAAAGAUGCACUGAUGUUGGGUUGUUUUGAAGGUUACAUGAACAUAUGCAAGGCUUUGAGGAAGUACGGGGCUAAACUGGACCAGAGAGACAAAGGUGGAAACACUGCCCUUCAUCUGGCAACGGAUGGGGGGAACUUGGACAUUAUCAGAUGGCUAGUAGCAGAAGGCGCUGACGUGGACGCACGCGACACGGUGUCCGGGUGGACUCCCCUGUUGAGAUGCACAGCCAUGUCGAGUAAUGUGCUUGCCGGGCAGUGUCUCAUACAACUGGGGGCGGAUGUGAAUGCCACUGACAAGGAGGGAAAGACUGCUCUCAUGCUGGCUGCCAUCAAGACCAACUCCCACUUCGGAAAGAUACUCCUAGACGCAGGAGCUGAUUUUUCGGUCAAAAGUGCUUUCGGCAAAACGGCUGCGGAUAUGAGUGAAGCAACAGACAACAAACAGAUUGCGAAGAUGAUUGGGGAACUGAAACGGAUUCUUCACGAGGAACAACUGCAGAAGAUGACUCAAGACUCAUUACACUAA